UGUCGUUUGUUUUCUGGCUGUCAAACUGGUGUGUAAACACUACGGAGCAGAGCCGGAGAGGAGCUGCUGCGGGACAGCGCGGAGCCCCCCCAGUUCAUGUGAACACGGUGAAUGGGAACGCUGGCUCGGUCGUCCCGCUGCUGACUCGGUGGCCCAGCAGGGUGGAACUAAAAGCCCGGAACAAAAAACGGCUUCUUCCAUCGAGAGGAGGACGCGCGCGGCUCAUCAGCGCCUGUCGGAGAACCAUGGCGGCGGCGGCCGUUGCGGAGGCUGAUCCGGCGGCGGCGAGCGAAGGCGGCACUGGUUUCACUGGCGUCCAGAACUGGGACUGGGAUGAGUCUCAGCUCCGGAAAUAUUCCUUCCCAACGCAGCCCAUUCCCAGACUGUCUCACACGGACCCCAGAGCAGAGAUACUGAUAAACAACGAGGAACCUGUGGUUUUAACAGGCACAAACCUUGUGUAUCCAGCUCUUAAAUGGGACAUUGCAUACCUCCAGGAGAACAUUGGGAAUGGAGACUUCUCUGUUUACACUGCACAAAAGCACAAAUUCCUCUACUAUGAUGAGAAGAAAAUGGCUAAUUUUGAGAACUUUGUCCCCAAGUCACAACGAAUGGAAAUGAAAUUCUCUGAAUUUGUGGAUAAAAUGCAUAUAACGCAAGAAAUGGGAGGAGAGGAGAGGGUAUAUCUGCAGCAGACCCUGAAUGACACAGUAGGAAAGAAGAUUGUUGUUGACUUCCUCGGUUUCAACUGGAACUGGAUCAACAAGCAGCAAGCCAAGAGGAACUGGGGACAACUGACAUCCAACCUGCUGCUGAUCGGCAUGGAGGGCAACGUGACACCAGCACAUUACGACGAGCAGCAGAACUUCUUUGCACAAAUUAAAGGACAUAAGAGAUGCAUCCUCUUUCCUCCAGACCAGUUUGAGUGUCUCUAUCCAUAUCCUGUGCACCACCCCUGUGACCGACAGAGCCAAGUUGAUUUUGAUAACCCUGAUUAUGAGAAGUUUCCCAAUUUUAAAAAUAUUGUUGGUUAUGAGGCUGUUGUCGGCCCAGGAGAUGUGCUCUACAUCCCGAUGUAUUGGUGGCAUCACAUUGAAUCACUGUUAAACGGUGGAGUGACAAUCACUGUAAACUUCUGGUACAAAGGUGCCUCCACACCUAAGAAGAUAGAGUACCCGCUGCGAGCUCAUCAGAAAGUGGCCAUCAUGAGAAAUAUUGAGAAAAUGCUGGGAGAAGCACUCGGAGACCCACAUGAGGUUGGACCUUUACUGAAAACCAUGAUCAAGGGGCGAUAUGAGCAGGAUCUCAGUUAGAGCUCGGCUCCUAAAACUGUUCAUCAGACUGCUUUGGGAACUGUUCGUCGUGUGAAAGUGAGACUGCUGCGUGCGCAUAGUGCACAUUCUGAUGCAUCACUUUAUGGCAAUGAGCGGCCAUAUUGAAACCAUUCUGCUUCAGUCGUCUCCAAGUGCCAUGGUCGUUGCCAAUACAUCCAUCAGAGAAGAAACAUCUGACUAACUCAUGGGAAUCUGCUGCUUGAAGAAGUGUUUUUUUUCUUCUUUUUCUUUUGUCUUUGAGAAGAAGGCCUGAUUUGUCUUUCAUCCAGAUGUAUUUAUGUGAAUUAGUGUUCUCUCGACACAAUUCAAGCUAAUAGGUAGUUGGGUGCAUUUGCUCACCCAGUUGAAGUUGUCUGAGAUCGCUACCUUUUGGAAUAACUACAACAUUUUGACCACUAAUGGAUGAGUUAAGGGGUAUUAUAGACACAGUACACAUCAUUUAAAUACAGACCAUUUCUUAUACACAUGUAAUAAUAACACAGCUGUGUGUGGAGUGAUCAUAUUGUAUUCUCCGUCUUUAUCACAAAGACAGCUUUAAAACUGACGUGGUGCAUACCUUGAAAGACGACAGGUCUUUUAAGUGUCUUUAAUAUAUUUAUCCACGUAAUCUGCUUCAUCUCCACGCCUACCUCCAUGGUUUUAGGGAGUGAUCAGCAAGAGUGUUCUGUUGCAAAGAGGAAAGUAUAGGGUCGGUAUUAAAUACAGAAGUACAGUGAUUCAAAACUGCAAUUAAAUAUGAUCAAAAAUAUGUGUGGGAGCUCAUAUUCAGCUGAAGGAACAUGUGACUGCUUGCAGCUAAAUUGUUGUAACUGAGUAAUGCUGCUUUGUUUAUUUAUGCUCUUGUUUGUUUGAUAUUUUUCGACUUUACUGAAUAUGCUAUUGUGCUUUCCAGUAAAAGGUGAAGGGGCACUGGAAAUAAAUCAUAUUCUACCAUCUUAGUUGCAUACACAGUUAAAUAAAUAAAACAAAAUAAAGUAUGUCACUGUUUUGGGAAACUGAAAAGAGAAAUAAGUUGUGACGUAUUUUUUGAUGGUAAAAAAUGUAAAAGGGAUUAAUGUUGACAGCUUCAAUGAUAGAUUUAUGUUAAAUCAACAGACUGAAGUAGCAGGGCCAUCUUAUGGGAUGUAGCUUAUGUACCAUCUAGCUGUCAUGUUGUACAAUGUUCCACAUUAAAUACAACCAUUCAAUAUGCUGUAUUAAAUGCAGCAGAUCUGAGAUGAAAUGACACUGCAAUGUGUACAAAAGAUGAUUCCAGAUGGAAAAAGUUGCUAUUUGGAUUAAAAAUCCCCUUAUUUUCCCUUAUAUUCAGCCAUAUUCUGAAGACCUUAAAGUGAGAGCCACUUGAAAGAUGACUGUCUCUGGGCACGUUCAAAGUGCUCUUCAGAACGGUUGUAAAAAUGGAUAUUAAACAAACAGGGAGGAUCAUUUCACAUGUUGUACUGUAUGUGCCAAACAAUAUACAGAUCUGUAGAUGGGCAUCUCCAUAUUCAGACAGCUUUGUUUGCAUGUGUUAUUGGAUAAAUUAAGUGCAGGAAUAUCCAAGCACUUAAUUCACCUGGAAUGUACAGGUCUUCAGGGUUUGUUAUGAUACAGUUUUAUGCAUAUCUAUUUCCACGAUGGAACAAAUACACUUCCUCUGUAGAAAUAAUUUACCGGAUGUUUCAACCCCCUCUCCUAUUGAUUGGUCAACCAUGUUUACUGCACGUCUGUGCCUCGCUUAACAAUGGCAUGGCACGAAAUGCUGCAAUGAGUUGAUUUUUAUAUUUUUAUUUUAUUGUCAAAAUGUUGGUUUUCACUCUGGCCUUAAACAGCUUUAAAUAUGGGAUUGAGUCAUAGAAAUAGAGGCAUGUUUUUAUGGAUGGAUGCCUGUCUUUUGUUUUGCACAUACAUUUUGUGCUCUCCUUUAUCGUCCGAUUAAAGUUUGUUUGCAAAGUUCUACA